UUCCACUGUUCCACAGACCUUAGAUUGGAGAACUAUGAGAAAAAAAAAAAGACGAGUAAAUUGUGGAACAAAAAAAUAGAAUUUGGACAAAACUUUCCAUUUCAAAGUGUUAACAAAAGUUUUAACUCAAAUAAGCCCACUUGCAGGGGGCGUAGUUUAUAUAGUAACCAUGGUCAGUCUUAUUAAGCCAACCCAAGUCAUCCUCAUUUUGUCAGUGCCUAUAUAAACCCCCCACAAGGCCUCAUUUGAUUCAUUUCCUCUUUCUAUUUCCCGUAGUGACUAAGUAAAUGUAAGAGAAGAACACAAGAAACACUUAGAGUUGAGUUCUCUCUCUCUAACUCACUUACAAAGGUUAGUCUUUUCAUGGUACUGUCGUUUCUAUUCAUUCUAUCUUGUUUAGUGGCUUUUUAAGAUAUGGGUUGUUGAUGAUCAGAUUGUCUGUUUCCAUAAAAGAGUAUGCUUAUAAUUCAUUCUAUCUUGUAUUGCAUUUGGAUUGUUUGUGGGCGAAUGGUUUUUUUUUUUAUUUUUUUUAUUGCAUUGUUUCCAACUUUCCAUGCAAUCAUCACAAGAUCGGAUUUUUAUGCUGGUACCUCGUUGAUAACUGAUGAAUAUUCUGUUUCACAGGUGCUAGAAUUUCUUGAUUCUGCCUUUUAUCAUUCCGGCCUUUUUUUGUAAAGUUUCCUUUCUCUGUUUUAUUCAUUCCAUUGCCUCAUCUUUCGUCAUUCUUAUCAUCCUCUUUGUUUGAGUGAUCAUGAUGUUUCCCUUUCCUGCAAUUAUUCUUUGUCCUCUGAUUGGGUCUGUUUUGAGUGGAAAAAUGAUUAGUCUUCUUUGUCAGUCUGUUGUACCCUAGUUCAUAUGAUUGAAGAAUAUUCUGUAUCCUGGGCAUUGGAUUUCAGUUCAAAUUUAGGCAAUCUGGUGAUUCCUUUUGGUGGGUUUCCACAGCAAAGGCUUGAAGUAGCUAGCUUUCGGUCUUUUUCUCCCUUUGAAAUUCACCUUUGAUUGCGUCUCAGUUUUACUUUGGAGUUGAUUCAAACAUUCCUCUGUUUCUGUUAUGCAGGGCUUGGUCACUGUAGUGUUCACUUUGACUGUUUGACAUUGAUUUUUUUGCCAUGUCCUCUCUGGCACCUGGACCAAUCGCAGAUGUGGUUCUAAAUGAGUUCGACGAGCAAGCGAUUAUGCUUUUGGAGAAACUCUGGCAGGAUUUUCCCCUUCCGGAUGAUGUGAUUGAUUCAAAUCCUUUCCAGUUCAAGCCUUAUAAUUUAUCAGGCGAAAUUUGGUACCUCGUGUCUGCGACUGAGGAGGAAAAGAGUGAAUUUCAGUUUUGGAGUGAGAUUGAAGCCGCCUCUGAGAUUUUUGUGAACUCUGCCAUCAGUGUUUGGAGAACUGCUUGGGAAUUUAUUGAUGUCCAGGAUGCCCAAGAACAGAAAACUAUUUGGCUGAUGCUAGAGUACAAAAUUACAGAAGUAGGACCACAUGGUACCAAAAUAGGAAAGGACUCAAGAGCAAUAUGCAGAGUUUACCAUUCGGCAGAAGCAGAAAGACUUAAUGGAAACCUUGCUCUUUCAUUGGCAUCAGUUGUCCCACAAAGGGACACUACAUAUACAAAAGGUUCUCCAAGCGUGUUGCUGGCACAUAAUGGAGGUGAUACUGAACAACUCACGGCUGGAGAUUACAGUCAUUUGGAUCUUCAAAUGACAUCAGACCUUAAUCAGAUGUUUGAAGAUGACUACGUAGCCUUGGAUGAUUUGGAUGCGCUGAUAUCAAAUUCCACCACUUCAGGGAAUCCAAGUUGCUUAACUAUGUUCCUGCUGAAUGAUGAAAAUGAUGAUAAGCAACUCAACUCUGGAUCUGACGAACGUUUGGAUCCUCAAAGAAGAGACGCGUCAGGCCUUUAUUACAUAAAAGAUGAUGACUAUAUAGAAUUGGAUGAUUUGGCUACAUUGAUGUCUAAUGGAAAUGGUGCUCAGAAAUUCAACUAUGGAGCUGACAAACGUUUGGAUCCUCAGAGGAUAGGCAAACACAUAAUGGAAGAUGACUAUUUGGAACUGGAUGAUCUGGAUGAUCCGCUUUCACUUUCCACCACUUCAGACAAUUCCAGUCGCUCAAGCUUCAACUUGGAUGAAUAUUUUGAUCCAGGAGCCAUGAUGCAGGCACUGAAUCGAAAUAUCAAUUCUAGUAUCGGUUCAACUGUUAGCCCUUUCGAAGUUAUUAUGCCGCCAGCCACUGCAGGUUCGUAUUUUCACGUGUAUCAAGUCAAUCACUGAGUAAUUUCGCAAAAUGAGUUUAAUAUCUCUAUCAUUCAUUAUAUGCACCGGUAUCUUAUCUUAGGUUCCCAAGUUGGUGCUGGUGAAAAUCAGCCAGUUGCUGAAUGCACCUCUUCAACUCUCAAGACUAAGAAUGCAGAAGAAAGGGACGAAGAUCACACAGUGAAGAAGCUAAGGGCUGAGCAAAACAAUGGAGAUCCAUCAUGCUCUAAAGACAUAGCUAGCACUUCAAAGAAUGGGAGACUCAUCAUUUCCAGAGGUAAAAAGAAGGCAUCUGGUGUGAAAAUGAAAGGGCUAAAGAAAUAUUUCUGUUUGAUGCCAUUUUAGGUAGAUUGUGAACUUGUAAUGUACGAAUAACAAUGGCCACCAUUGAUCGGCAAUUAAACUACGUAUAAACUAGUAAAUAGCCAGUGUAGGUAGAUAGAUGGUUGCUGUGUCUGUUAUAUUGUUAUUUUAGGGGAAAAGAAUCAUAGAACUAUUUGAUUGAUGACAAAGAAGUUCGAUUGAUUUAUGAAGAUAAACUAUUGUCCAACUUUGGCACUUUGCAAGUUGUUUGCGGUGGCGUAUUUGUAUAGUUUAUUGUCCAAUUUUGUAAUGUUGGAAAUCGAUUCACAUUUGUUCUUAACCAAUAGCAAAUUGUAGAGCUACCUAGUGGCUAGUACAAUUAUGUUGGUUCAGCCCAUCCAGAUGUUGUUAUUGGGUUUAGAACUGCAAAAGUGCAAACAUCUGACUACGUAAAAGCCCUUUAAUGAUGUUGUGGCAGAUUUAUGGUAUUUUGGGAUCAUAAACUGUCACUUAAUUCGACGAAAAACAUUUAUCAAAAUAGAGUUGUAAGACUAGCGACAUUCUGCGCCUCUGAAAUUCAGAAUGUUGGGAGAUUAAGAAGACAAAUUAAUGAAGCUAUCGAGAUAGAAUCAUUGGCAG